AUGAUUCUUAAACUAGACAUGCUUAAGGCUUAUGAUCGUGCUAAUUGGCAGUCCCUUGUGGCUGUUUUGUAUCAUUUGGGGUUUUCGCAUUGUUGGAUCAAGUGGGUGUUUUCAUGUAUAUCCUCUGGUCGCUUCUCAGUUUUGAUUAAUGGUUCUCCCUCAAGGAUCUUUGCUUCCUCCUGGGGAAUUAGGCAAGGGAAUCCCUUGUCUCCUUUUUUGUUUAUUCUUUUGGCAAAAGAAUUAAGUAGGGCCAUCUCUAAUGCUACGUCAUCUGGUUUAUGGUCAGGUAUCAGAGUGGAUGGCUUCCCUUCUCCACAAUCUCAUUGCUUGUUUGUUGAUGAUACGCUUCUGUUUGGGGUGGCCUCUCUGAGGGAAGCUCGAGUUAUAAAGAAAAUCAUCUCUGAUUAUGCUGCUUUUUCUAGACAAAAAGUUAAUAAUCAGAAGUCUAAAGUCUUUUUUGUGAAUGUCUCCCCUCUAGUUAGGGACAAACUCGUCCGCUUUUGGAGUUUCCAAGUAGGGAAUUUUUUGUGUAUGUAG